AUGGGGAUUCCAGGGUGCUGCUUUGAGGUUUUCCCAGAUCCCAGUUUCACUAAGAACUUCUUGGUGACAAACCUAGUGGAAGAGAUCACAAAGUUCAAGGCCUCCCUUCCUCAGCAAAAUAAUGUGGGUCAUCAAAAAUGUGGAAAGCAUAAUGAAGAACUGAAGUUGUAUUCUGAAACUGACCAGGUGUCUGUCUGUGUGGUAUGCCAGGAAUCCAGGGCUCAUAGAUUUCUUAUUACUGCACCAAAUCUGGUACAUGUGGGGGAACUUGAGACAAUAACCGUUCAAGUACAUGGAGCACAGAGCUCUGUCAAAGUUACAGCAUAUUUCAAGGAUGAGAUAAAAAAUGAGCUACUAUCUGACAUCACUGCCUUUACCCUCAAUAAAGAGAACAACUAUCAGGAAAUGAAAAAAAUUAUGGUCAAGCCUGAUUUGAUGCCUGAAGAUAUGUUCAAGAAAAGACGAAAACCGUAUGUUCUGCUAGUCACUGAAAGCAAGGAGCUUUUUAAGGAACAUGCUCAGCACACUCGCAUCCUCCUGUCUUCCAAGAAGGGCUACAUUUUUAUUCAGACAGAUAAACCUAUAUACACACCUAACUCAAAAGUCAAGUACAGGAUCUUCACCUUGGACAAUACAAUGAAACCUGCAAAUGAGAAGAUUCAAGUCAUUGUACUAAAUUCAAAAGGAAUGGUGGUUAAAAAAUCAGCGUUGCAGACAAAACCAAUGACCAAUGGACAUUUUGUGAUACCUGACAUUGCAGAUCCUGGAAACUGGAAAAUCCUGGCCUGGUUUGAUGAGUAUGAGAUGUCCAAUAGUUCAACUGAAUUUGAAGUUAAAAAUUAUGAGCUUCCAUCUUUUGAAGUCAAACUUAUCCCAUUUGAGCCAUACUACCAUAUUUGGAACAAGACCUUUACAUUUGAUAUUUAUGCAACGCAUUCUUAUGCAAAAGGGGUAGAUGGUGUUGCAUAUGUGCGAUUUGGCAUAAUAGAGGAAACUGAUAAAAAAAUCUUUCUCCCAGGCCUGGAACAACAGCCUUCAAUACAAAAUGGAAAAGGAACAGUCACGUUAAGUACCAAAUCUUUGGAAGAAAAAAUAACAAAAAACAUUACUGCUUUGGAAGGGCAUUUUUUAUAUGUCUCUGUUACAGUUAUAGAAACUGCAAGCGGUGAAAUCCAGGAGGAAGAACUCAGUAAUGUGAAGUUUGUCAAAUCUCCUUAUAGUAUAGACCUGUCCAACACCAAACAAUAUUUUGUGCCUGGGGCACCUUUCUCCAUUGUGGCAUCUAUAACUUCUGCUGAUGGUUCUCCUGCUGCUGCCGUGUCUGUUACUGCAACUCUUACCCGAGAUAGAAAAGACCCAAAGAAAAAGACUGCACUUUCUAGUAAAGAAGGUCUAGUAUCCUUUGUAUUCAACAUUCCUCGUGCUGCAGAGAAGCUACAAAUAAUGGUGAGGGCUGAGGAGGGGAAGCCUGGCAUGGAAUCAGCCGGAACCAAAACCACUGCUGAGAGAUACCAGUCUGCUACCCAGAACUACCUUAGUAUCAGCAUUCCACAUGCUGUCAUUGCACCUGGAGAUACUUUACGUGUUACCUUGAAGGAUGUCCACCAGUCCAGCAGCAAUGCCAUUGACUAUUUCUAUUACAUGGUAGUGACAAAGGGGAAAGUUGAGGUUAUGGGAAGGGUCCCGUACGCAAACAAGAUAAUCACCCUUGAUGUUACUGAGAAAAUGGUGCCUGCAUUUCGCUUUAUUGCUUACUACUUCAUUAAAAAUCAAGGCCACAGUGAGAUUGUGGCCGACUCUGUGUGGCUAGACAUUGUGGAUGCCUGUGAAGGAAAGAUUAAACUGAAAACAGACCGAGACACAUACGAACCAAUGGAACUGGUAAAUUUAUCCAUUGACACAGAUCAUGCAGGAACUGUUGCCUUAGCUGUGGUUGAUACUGCAGUUUUCAUUCUGAACAGAAGGAAUGAGCUUACGGCCAAAAAAGUCUUUGAAGCGAUGAAUUCAUACGAUCUUGGAUGCUCAGUGGGCGGAGGUGCUAACAGUGCUCAAGUUUUCAAUGAUGUGGGUCUGGCCUUUAUAUCAGACACAAUUAAAUCACAUUUUCGGCAAGGUUAUAAGUGUUCCCCUGCUACCAGAAGACAGAAAAGAUCAUUUGAUUUUCACAAGCAAAUUUCAGGAAUUGCUAGCAAAUACCAAGAUCCUGCUCUACGAAAGUGCUGCCAUGAUGGAAUGAAAUUAAAUCCAAUGAGGUUUUCUUGUGCCAAAAGGCUAACUAGAGUUACUGGCUCAAUUAAAUGCAAAGAAACUUUCAAGUACUGUUGUGAGAGGGCUCAGAGCCUCAGGAAGGAGCUGAAACAGAAGAAACUAGCUUCUGCACUGGCAAGAAUUGGUGACGUUCCAGAAGAAGAAGUGUUUGAUGAAACUUCAAUCAACUUGCGCAGUGUCUUUCCUGAGAGCUGGUGGUGGGAGACAGUAGAAAUUAAAAACCCUGGACAGCAUAGGAUAGCAAAUGCUAUUCCUGACUCUAUAACUACAUGGGAAAUUCAAGCAAUAAGUAUAUCCCCUCAAAAAGGAUUCUGCGUAGCUGACCCCAAGACCUUUAAAGUUUUCAAAGAUUUUUUUGUAUCAGUAAGGUUACCAUAUUCAGUUAAACGGUACGAGCAACUAGAAGUAAAAGCAGUUGUCUACAAUUACCUUUCUGAAGAUCUUAAGGUUACAGUGAAGAUGAUCGCAGUGGAGGGGGUGUGCAGUGCAGGGACAGCGACAAAGGAUGUGCAACAGAAACUAACUGUUAAGGGAAACUCAGCAGUGCCUGCCUAUUUCUCAGUAGUUCCACUCAUUGUAGGGGAAAUUCCAAUUACCAUUACUGCUUUUGACCCAAUUUCUGGGCACAGUGAUAGUGUUAUGAAGAACCUCAAAGUUGUGACUGAAGGCAUUUUACAUACCGAAGAAGAGACCAUUUGCAUUAAUAAUAAUUUUAGAAACCUUGUUCUUGAUCUGAAGAAACCCUCUGAUAUGAUACCAGAGUCUGACAGCCAUGUCUUUAUGAGCGUAAAAGGGGAUAUAAUGGGUGAGUCCAUUCAAAACUGUCUUAGUCCAGCUGGAAUUGAUAAGCUUAUCAAAGUGCCAACUGGUUGUGCUGAGCAAACUAUGGUGACAAUGGCUCCAGCAACGUAUGCCAUUGAAUACCUGGAUGCAAGUGAACAGUGGAGCAACUUUAAACCUGAACGGAAAGAAGAAGCAUAUAACAUGAUUGCACAAGGUUACACGAGACUUCUUGAAUUUCAAAAGGAGGAUGGCUCUUAUGGAGCAUUCAAAACAACCCCCAGCAGUACCUGGCUAACUGCAUUCAUUGCUAAAGUGCUCACAAGAUGCAGAAAAUACAUCAGUGUCGAAGACCGUUACAUACACAAAGCUGUUUUCUACUUGCUUAGACAACAGCAGGCGGAUGGCUCCUUCCAUGACCCUCACCCAGUGAUGGACAGACUUAUGCAGGGUGGAGUUGGGAAAGCUGAAGAGCAUUUGGCUUUGACAGCCUUUAUAACCAUCGCUAUGCAAGAGGCCUUGGGGGCUUUCAAUGACUCUAAGUCUUCUGAGGUGAAACAGGGCAUUGAAAAUGCUGUUGCUUACAUGGAUGGACAACUCUCACCUCAGCUGAACUUCUAUUCAGUUGCAAUCUCUGCCUAUGCUCUGGCUCUUGUGAAAGACAAUAGCUCAGAAGCCAAAUGGGCAGAACAGAUUUUAAGAGAAAUUUCUACACUUGAUGCAGCAACGCAGCAGCGCUACUGGGGAAAUGGUAAAGAUGCAGUUUCUAUAGAAGCUACGGCUUACGCACUACUUCAGACGUUACUCCAGAAGGAUAUCAAGUAUGCAGAACCUAUUGCUACGUGGCUAAUAGAAAAAAGGAAAUAUGGUGGCGGAUACUGUUCUACACAAGAUACAGUUGUGGCCCUGGAAGCUUUGUCGCAGUAUAGCAUACAAACUAUAGAAAGUGAUCCCAGCAUUCUGAAUCUUGCAUUAAACCUACCUGGAAAGCACAAAAAGCACUAUUUUAAUGUGAAUAGUAACAAUGUCCAGAUUCAGGAAGAACUACAGUUUGACCUCGGAAGCAAAGUUGAAGUGACGGUAAAGGGCAAAGGAAAUGGGACGCUGAGUAUACAAAAAAUAUAUUAUUCUGUUGAGAUGGAGAACAGCACAUGUAAUGACUUGAUUCUGAAAGUUGAAAUGGAAGGGAACGUCAAAUAUUCAAGUGCUCUGGACGCUGAGGAAGAGGACUAUGAUUAUGAGGAGGACCAUGCUAUGGAAACCAGAAGAGAUGAGCCCAUGAGCCAGAUAGAAUGGUUUGACAUCCGCAAUAGAAGGAAAAGAGAGGUGCCUGUUCCCGGUAAAACAGAAUCAUUACGAUACAAAGUCUGCGUCAGGUCCGCAGGUCCCAAUAUACCAAAAAUGUCUCUAGUUGAUCUCUCACUUUUAAGUGGCUUGGAACCUGACACAGCUGAACUUGAGCAGUUGGUAAAGUCUGCAGACCAAUACAUCGACCACUUUGAGUACAAAGAAGGAAAGGUUUUGCUCUACUUUGGAGAGCUCAGUAAUGGAUCCGAACCAGACUGUGUGUCGUUUGGGGCUAAGCAAAUCAAUCCCCUGGGUCUAGUACAGCCAGCAAACGCCAUCAUUUAUGAUUUUUACAACCCUGGGAGAAAAUGCAGUGUAUUUUACAAUGCACCCAAACAGAGUGCCAUGUUAUCAAAACUGUGCCAUGCUGAGGUUUGCCAGUGUGCUGAAGGUCCCUGUCCACAAAGAAGAAUGACUUUCAAUAAAGCCAUGGAGGCGGAUGCACGUGAAAGCUUUGCAUGCUACGACCCUAUUGUAGACUAUGCAUACCAUGUAAAGAUCUUUGGGAUAACACAAAAGAAUGCUUUUGAUUACUAUGAGACCAAAAUCCAAAGAAUCCUAAAAGUUGCUGGUGAUGAAACUAUCCAGAUAGGUGAUCUCCGGCAGUUCUUCAAGCGUUCAUCUUGCGAAUUAAAGGUGGAGGCUGGCAAACAAUACCUUCUGAUGGGGAAAGAUGGGCAAACCAUUGACUGCAACAACAAGAUGCAGUACUUACUUGAUUCACAAACUUGGAUAGAGGAGAUUCCAGAUGGGAACACAUGCAAAGCCACCACUCGCCGAAAAGCUUGCGCUGACCUCCACGAUUUUAUGAAUGUGUAUGAGAUAAACAAAUGCAACGUUUGAAACUUGGUCACACACAACAUAGCCCAUACCUGUUAGUGCUACUCUUUCCUUGUGCUCAUAU